GAACCAGAGAAAACAGUCGUCGUUUGGCUAACUAAACAACAACAGAGCCGUGAUUGGUUUCGACAUUCCAAUCUCUCCCACCCGAGAUCUCCGGCUAGUUUCCUCCACCGACCGGCCUCCCGGUGCUUUUAGGUAUUUGUCUUUGGCCAUGGACAAAGAAAUUACAAAGAUUGAAACAGUAGAGAUCAAAGUGUUGUUAUUCGCUAGAGCACGCGACCUCACCGGUGUGCCUGAUUUAACACUGAAGAUGCCGUCAGGUAGUACAACAAAGAAAUGUAUGGAUGAGUUGGUGCUUAAGUUCCCGAGCUUGGAAGAGGUUCGUAGCUGUGUGGUUCUAGCUUUGAACGAGGAAUAUACAACCGAUUCCGCGGUCGUUCAACACAGAGAUGAGUUAGCUAUCAUACCUCCGAUAAGUGGCGGCUAAAUGCAUUUGCAAUUGUAUAAAUCCCUAAAUUCAGGGCUUGUACUUUCUUUGGUAAUAAUCAAACAUGUAACAGUUAAGGUACUUUUGUCAUAAACUUCACAGAAAUAUCUGUCUUUAUAACAAGAGAAAGGUUACAUCAGUUAUACAAAUCUUCCAGUUUCA